GUCGGCGCUGUGUAACAGUCAGAGGUAAAGCUGUAAUUGUAAGUUUUCCGAAGUUUUCAGGACAGAGGAGUUUACGCUUCUUUGCGGUUUCUCGAUAACGUGCGUAACAAGCUGCGAUUUUUCUGUCUUAUUAACUUGAAGCGAGAGAAUAAAGAGAGAAAGAAAACAUUGUAAUUGUUGCUGUGGUGUAAGAGGAAUAAAACACUUGAUGUUAGAGAUAAAUAAUCAACUUCAACAUGGUUACAGCCACUCGGCUUCACCACACCACCCUGUUAUUGAUUAGUUUAUUAGGACAGCACGUCACACAGCGGUUUAUUUAUAAAGGAGGCGGAGUCUUGUACACUACUAACGUUAUUCCAAACGUGAUUCCUUCCGCGUUUCUUUCGGACACACCCGUGAGUCUUGCGCUCUGUGGGCGGGGUUUUACCGAGAACGAGCGCACGCACUUCGAUCGCAGUGUCGGCGCGUGCAUAUGUGUGUGUGUGGUGGUGGUGACCGAACUGGCUCGCGCUCUGUCGGUGAGGAAACUUAAAGCAGCGCGUGAAGCUUGCGAAGAUUCUUUUUUUUGUGCAUGAAAGUUCUGUUGUAGUUGUUGUUGUUGUUGUUGUUGUUGUUGUUUUGCCCAAAAACUAUCCGCGUUUAUCUGAGAGGAUCUGAAACCGGGGCAUGUCUGAGCUGGAGAGAUGGACACCAGAUCUCCAGUUUUACUAAGCUGAGAUCCAAAGGACUCUACACAGGACAUGUGGCUCAGGAAGGUACGAGUGUAGAACCUUCACACACGUUAAAAUCAGAUCGGUGUGAGAGAUGGGCUCCAGUCUGACGUGUGUCGGCAUAGCAUGGGCUCUGAUCUCACUGCUGUGCGCUGCCGCCUCCUGUGUGGGAUUCUUCAUGCCCUACUGGCUCCUGGGCUCUCAGAUGGGGAAACCGGUAUCGUUUGGGACGUUCCGGCGCUGUUCCUACCCAGUGCGUGAUGAGGUUCACGGCGGUACAGUGAUGAUGGAGCAUUGUGGACGCUAUGCCUCGUUCCUGAGCAUCCCCAGUCUGGAGUGGAGGAUCUGUACGGUGGUGACGGGAACCGGGUGUGGCCUGCUGCUGCUCGUGGCUCUCACGGCACUCAUGGGCUGCUGUGUGUCGGACAUCAUAUCACGCACCAUCGGGCGAGCGGCAGGAGGGAUCCAGUUUGUGGGAGGUUUGCUGAUCGGCUCUGGUUGCGCUCUUUAUCCUCUCGGAUGGAACAGCGAGGAGGUUAAACAGACCUGCAGCAACACCUCUGACCAGUUUAACCUCGGUUCGUGUGAACUCGGCUGGGCUUUUUACUGCACGAGUGUUGGAGCUGCCGUCACCCUGCUGCUGUGUACGUGGAUGUCCUGCUUCGCCGGGAAAAAACAGAAACACUAUCUGUACUGAGAGAGCGUGCAAACACACACACAGACACAGACACACACACACACAUGUGCGCCUCAGACAUGAAAAUUUUAACACACCCCUGUACAGAGGGGAAAAAUCUUCAUGUUUUAUGACUCUUGAAUUGAAAGAGCAACUUUUUUGCAUGACUGACCUUUGACCUUUCAAGGUGUGUUUUUGGAUUAUCCUUUUUUUCCCCAGAGUGGAAAGGACGAUCUGCUCUUUAUUUACUAAGUCAGUUUUGAUUUUUGUGUUGUAUUUUGUUGUGGUCAGUGUGUAACUAAAGUGAUUCAAGUAACUGAAUAUUCAGUUUAUUAGUUAUUGAUGAUAAAAAAUAAACUUUAGCGCUCUGGAUAUUUUAUUGUAUUUUAAUGUAAUGUUAUGCUUUAUAUUUAAAUAAUAUCACCUGUUUAUUGCCUUAAAUAUCUCACAUGCAAUAAAAACCAGCUCGUGUGGAGCAUUUAUUUGAAAUG